CGAGGUCGCAAUGACGUCUAGUUAAAUGUAGUUAGACAGAGAUCCUGUACUGUAGUGUUUAUACACCAAUUUUGCAGCAAUGGUUGAAGUACUCAAGUCAACAUUUGAAGAUUAUCUUCCACUGAUUGAACGCAGUAUAAAAAGUGCCGACUUCAUUGCUAUUGACACAGAGUUUACUGGACUGGUUAAAAGUGCCAAGGAAAGGACGAAUCUGUUUGAUACCAGUGAAGAGAGAUACCAGAAACUGAAAAAGUCUAUGUCCCAGUUCACCAUAUCACAACUAGGAAUUUCAACAUUCAAAAGGCAAGACAAAAACAGCUACUCUGCCACAACCUUCAAUUUUUACCUUUACCCAUCAUCCUUUGGGCCUGUGGAUGUCCGCUUUCUUGUUCAGGCUUCUAGUCUUCAAUUCCUGUGCAAGUAUGAUUUUGACUUCAAUAAGUUUGUAUACGAGGGUAUACCUUACCUGAACAAACCCCAGCAGAAAGCAAUGAAGAAUCAUCUUCACUCCAAAGCUUUGUUUCAGGCGAAGGACCGAUCCAAUGAUAUUGAUGAGCGUGUGCUCCAAGCUCUUUGUUUUCAGGUGGCUGAGUGGCUGGUGAAAACAGAGGAUGACCAACAGGCAAUACUGGAGGUCACUGAUGAGGAAGUCCCAGAACUUAGGUUUGUGAAAUCUUUCAUUGUGCGGACUGAGCUCAGGCAAAGAUUUAAGAAUGUAUGGAUAAAUGUAAUAGAAGGCGAACAGAGGAUAAUACAAAUUUCUAAACGUGAUGAGAAGGAUAUAAACAGUGACACGACUAAAGAAGAUAUGGAUAAAUUGUAUGAAAGUCUGAAAGGGUUUUCAAGAGUUUUUAAGAUGUUGAAAGGAGGUGUUCCAAUCAUUGGACACAACAUGUUUCUGGACCUACUUCUGAUUUAUGACAAAUUCCACAAGCCAUUACCAGAUACCUUUGAAGCAUUCAAGACAGAAAUACAGGCAAUUUUACCAGUAAUUUUUGAUACUAAGCACAUCUGUAACAGCGCUAGGAAUGAGCAUUUCAGAGAUUCAGGACUUCUAGAAAACUCAUCUCUGCAGAUGUUAUACCAGAGUCUUUCAAGCCUCGCAGGCCAGCAGUUUGUCAUCGACACACCAUCAGUAGUCCACACGUCUGAUAGAUACAAAGAUGAGAGUCGUCCCCAUGAAGCUGGCUUCGAUGCUUAUAUGUCUGGCUUUGUUUUUCUAAGAUUAUCGCACAUGCUGACGUUCCUAAAUGUAAAUUCAACAGAUGUACGACCUUGUCCAUUCAGGCGGUAUAGAACUGAGAUGGCUCCCUAUAAGAACAAGAUUAACAUCAUCCGGGGAAACGUUAACCAUGUGUGUUUGGAUGGCCCAGAUCCUCCGUCUUUCCGCCCUGAACUGCUGUAUGUGCAAUCGAAACAUCAAUCACACGACCUCCAUUUGAUGCAGUUGCUGAAGUGGUUUUCACGGCACGGAACAGUAGAUGUUCAAAUAACAGAUUCACAAAGAGCUUUGGUAGCUGCUUCAAAUUACAGAUGUUCUAAAGAAAUACUGAAAGCCUUUCAAAACCACAAAAUGAUCACAGUGACCAAGUACAACAAAUGGAAACACUCCCCCGUAAUCAGGAGAUAUCUCUGGGCCGGAGCCAUCCUGUCAGGUGGAGCUUGUGUACUGGCUUUAUUAUCCAGUCGUAAGAAGGAUUGAGGAUUGUCGGAACAGCUUGACAAUUACCAACUUCCAGAGACCGUCCUACAUAUCGAACCGGGCCUAUGAUUAGUAGGAGAAAUAUGAACAAGUCCUACAUAACCAACCCGGUCUUUGAUUAGAAGGAGAAAUAUGAACAAGUCCUACAUAACCAACCCGGUCUUUGAUUAGAAGGAGAAAUAUGAACAAGUCCUACAUUGCGGAUGGGCUGACCAGUUGUAGGCAAAACAUUCAGAUCCUACACAAAGAACGGGGCGUAGGAUUUGUAAGAGAUACAUGAACAGUUCCUCCAUAUGGUUUGGGCUUGUCAUUUGUACGAGACACAUUCAGAUCCUUCUGAAUGUGUCUAUAAUCUUUGUAAGAGAAACAGAUACACAUUUUUAAGAACAAGGCCUACCUAUGGUUAUUACAGGAGGUACAGAUCCUAUGUGAGGGACAAUCACAUGGAUAUGAUUUGUAGAGACACAUACAGACCCCCUACUUAAGGGACAGGCCUCUGAUAUUUGGAGGGGAAUUAUAUACAAAUCUUACAUAUAAAGGAACAAUGACUUGGAUGUAUGUUAUAACACACACUGAUAACUGACAGUGCUGUUGUCCUUUUUUAUUUUGGUUAGUGAACUGCCAUUGAAGUUUGGUUUGUUUUAUACUUCUAAUUAUUUCAUAUUUUAUAUCAUAAAAAAUCUUAUUUGUCACUUAAAAGAACAUCUUCAGAGGCGCCCCUGUCAUUCCUCAUUUCAUUGCAAUCUACAGAUAUGGUGUAACAGUGGAGUAGAUAAUUGUGUAAUAUGUUACCUUGACACUUAACCAGAUGACCUUGACAUGCUGAACUUGUUUGUGUAGAGGUCAGAAUGUUAACCUUUAUGUUAGCUUUCAAGUGGAGGUUAAUAUAUGUUUAACAUGUAGGACAUUUAUAGUUGAUUAUUAGUCCUACAUUAAGAUUUUAAGUCACAUCUAAUUACCUAGGUAUUAGGGUUAACAUUGAAGUACAACCUAGGAGUAGGAUGCUAGGCAUUUGAAUUUGAUUGGUCAUGCCACUAAGCAUCAUGACCCUGUGACAUGUAACUGAGGUAAUACCAGUUCCUGCUAUGUCCUGUGUACCAGACACCAAAGACUGUUAGGUUGGAUUUCACUAUGGUCAAGCUUUUAGGAUAAUGAAUUGAGCUAGUCUUGAAGCAAAAUGCAAGCCUUGUAGUUCAAUAAAAUAUAUUCAAAUAUUGAAAACAAGCCUUAUACUUUCAUUAAACAUAUUCAAAUAUUGUGAAAUAUUGAAUUGUACUAGAAACAAUUUGAAGAUGUUUGACAAUGUCAAUGUCAGCACAAACAGUGACUGUGAUAUAAUUUCCUAUUGUUGACAUGAUGUUAUUUCAUUGAUGACUGCUGGUAUCACCGAGGGUUACCCAACAUAAACCAAUGUGCAAUGGAUUACAAUUGGUAGGACCAUUGAAGUGAGGCGGACCCAAUACCAUUGUAUCUUAAGAUAAGUGGUGCAGAUGUUUUCAGUAAAGGCAAAGAAUCUAAAUCAGUUCAGCACCCAUGUUCUAUAUAUAUCAAAAUGGUGGUUAAUAGUAAAAACAAAUCAAAUGUGGGCCCUGGUGAACUGUGCUGUUUCUAGGUCUGCAUUUCUUGAAUGCACAUGUACAUUUUCAAGGUUAAGAAGACCUAACCCUUUCACCACUAUAGACCAUAAUGGACUCAUCCAUAUCAAUGCAUGGUAGAGUCUACUAAAAUUACAUAGGGGUGAAAGGAUUAGACUCAGGAAAAUAAUGCUGUGUUGAAUAUGAUUGUGAUAUCAACUGAUAAACUUGUGCUGAAAAUUGUUUAUUGGAGAUAAUAAAGAUGUUUAAUUGAUUAAGUGA